GUGGUCAUGACCGGUAGGAAUGUCGAAAGUUUGAAGAAAUGUGGAGCCGAAUGUGUUGGAAAACAGAAACCUCUGAUUUUGGUGGCCGACGUGACAAAACAGGAAGACAACGUCCGUGUAAUUGAAGAGACCAUCAAAAAAUUUGGCAAACUAGACGUGCUGGUAAACAACGCUGGUAGGGGAGUUUUUGGCAGUAUCGAAACCACUAGUCUGGAUCAACUGGAUGACAUGCUGAAUACCAAUUUGAGAGGAGCUUAUCAUCUGACGAUACUAGCCGUACCCCAUCUAAUCAAAAGCAAAGGAAACAUCGUUAACGUAUCGAGCAUCACUGGACUCAAGCCGUUUCCCAACUCAUUGGCUUACUGCAUUUCAAAAGCCGCGUUGGAUCAAUUCACAAGAGUGAUUGCUCUUAAACUUGCACCGAAGCAGGUCCGGGUGAAUUCAGUCAAUCCAGCGGUCAUUGCAACCGACUUUCAAAAUCGAGAGGGUAUGAGUCCCGCACAAUAUGCUGCUUUUGUGAAGCACAGCGAAAAAACCCAUGCCCUCGGACGGAUCGGACAACCCAGGGAAGUGGCAGAAGCCAUAGCAUUCCUGGCGACGGAUUCGGCCAGUUUCAUCACAGGAACGUGUCUUAGCGUUGAUGGCGGAAGGACCAUCAUGGGUCCAAUUUGAGUGCGUUGUGAUUUAGUGGAGGCUGUGUUACUCAAAUGAGAAUUACACAUCUAUCUUAUGCAAAACUUGAAUGACAGUCAUAUUUUAAAAACUUGA